AUGAAGGGAUUACGCGAGGAUUACCCAAAGAAUAUCACAUACCGUGGGAAACCAAGACGAGGUCUGGAGCAUUGUAUAGUUACCUACUUGCUAUUCCUACAGAACUCAGUAAACUGCAUUCAACAAAUACGCUCAUUUGCAAAUCUGGUUUUCGCGGGAGACUCAACUGAAUCUCUCGUUUAUGAUAUUCUUCAUCUGAAUAUGCUGCACAAAGACCGCUUCAUGUUUCAGUUGGUACGGUUGCUGAAAGUUCUUUCACAGCCCACGACCGAUUUCGUCCUUCUUGGAUUGUAUCAGGCACAGUCCUCGCGUUUUCGCCAAUCCUAUGUUCUACCUGAGGCCCAAUUGGACAGAUCUCAACAAGUAAUCCCGUCUGUUUACGAAUUGGAUUGUGAUAGGUGA